AUGGCAGGGAAAUUUCAGAUCCUAAAUCUUGUAAUUUUACAGAAUGCCAGUGCUGGUUACGGUGGAACAGAAAGGAAUGUUGACGAAUCUACAAAGAAGCAUCACGAAAAACAAGAGAGCAAAAUUGCCAAAGAAGGCAUGGAUUCAGAACUCCCAAGAGGAUUAGAUAACCACGGCAACAGCCAAGAAGAUGCAAAAAAAGCUAUGCAUCAAAAUCACGGCAACAGUCAAGAAGAUGCAAAAAAAGCUAUGCAUCAAAAUGUGAGAUAUGGAAAAGGACCAAUGAAGAACGACCAUCAAGACAAGGGUGCUACCCACGUAACCCCGAACGAAACAAAGUGA